CGCCGGAGGAGAUGAAGGCCCGCGGGCUGAAGCAGCCCGGCGACGGCCCGCCGGCGGAGCGGGGGAAGUGCCGCAAGCUGCGGCUGCCUCGCGAAGACGAGCGGGACGCCGCGGAGUCGGCGGCCAUGUUCGCUCUCCCCGCACGCGUGUCGAGGGCACCGUCCUGCAGCAGGUUCAGGCCCGAGCCGAGAGGCAGGGCGUCGCCCGGGAGGGCGGGACCCGCCAAGAGGUCGGCUCGCGCGGGGGCGAAGGGCCCGCCGACGUCCUACCUGGAGCUGAGGAAGCAGCGCGAGGGCUUCAGGAAGAGGCUGGUGGCGUUCAUCGUGCGGCGGGCGGGCGAGGGGGAGGAGGGGGACGCGGGCCAGCUGCCCAACCGCCGGGAGCGGGAGCUGCUGCGCUACCACUACUACAUCCGGCACGGCAUCGACACGGCGCACGUGCCGCCGCUGGACCGCGCCUGGCUGCGCAACAUCUGCGCCCUCGUCCCGGCCCGGCUGCAGGCCUGGCAGCGCCUGCUGCGGGCACUCACAGACCAGGUGCAAGAGGAGUUUGUGGUGGCGGUGAAGAAGUCGGUGGUGGACUUCGUGCUGCGCGAGGCGGGGGAAGGUGUCGGCCUGGUCGGGGGCGAGGACGCUGGCGCCGGCCCCCGGCCCGGGGGCGGCGACGCCGUGUCGCCGGCGCGGAGGGCGCGCUACCUGCACGCGGCCGCGCGUACGCGCCGGGGCUUGCACGUCGUCAGCCCGCUGGCGGCGCAGCUGCUCGACCUGUGGCACAAGUGCUUCAAUGAAAUGCGGCUGGUGGAUGUGAAAGAGUUGAAGAAAUACGGCGCAGCCCUGGAUUUGGCUGAUUUCCAGCAGUUUGUGCAGAAACACAUUGAUAACGCCCGAGACUGUCUCAAAAGUCAGUGGUUCCCGAUAAUACAGAAUAUGUUCUUGCAGGGCAAUAAGAAGAAACUUCUUCCAGCUCCUGAACAGAAAGUGAAACUGAAACGCUUUUACAAUUGCAUCGCUGCCCUGAUGACGUACCAGCUACAGUCUCUAUGUGUAGCAUCUAUUCAGGACUUUACUCAGUUCAUCUGUGGGGUCAAGUUCAACAACCCGGGCUUCGUCAUCCACGUGGUGCAGCGAAACAGCAGCAUCAUGUUCGAGCCGUCGUUCAGCCGGUUCGAGGCUGUGUUCCUGGGCGUGAUCGAUGCCAUGAUAGCUGCAGUCAGCAGCUUCCCCCGGCUGGAGACCAUCCUGUACGCGGACUGCCGUUCGAACGCCCUGCUCAAGCCGAUAAUACUCCCGGAGAUGGUGGACGCCGCCAAGCGGAGCAUUAAGGACGUGCUGGAGGACCAGAGGAUUGGCCCCGAGCUGCGAGUGCAGGACUUUGAUGACUACAUGCAUCUCAUCAACGGGGAGGCCCAGCAGGAGGUGGACGGCUUCCUGUCGUCGCGGCACGAGUUCGAGGACCUGGUCCCCCUGGUGGAGCGGUUCCACCGGCUGGCGCGGCAGGUGCCGUGCGAGGUGGCGUUGGUGGUCACCAUGGAGCUGUACGAGAUCCACCGGGAGGAGCUGGUGCAGACGGUGGCGAGGCGGGCGGAGGGCCUGCGCGACCAGCUGCUGGCCCGGAUGGUGCACGACUACCUCAGCACGUGCACGGAACUGGGGGAGGAGUACCAGAGCAUUGCAAACAAUGCCUUGAGACAUCCGGUGGACACGGAAGAUCUAAUGCAGUUCAUAGCAUACGUGCAGAAAGUGGAGUCCGACACAGUGGUGCAGAUGGAAGAUCGUCUGAGGGACGUGUGUCGGUACAUGCUCUUUCUCUCGGACUACACCACUUUCUCACCGGCUGAGAUAAAGCAGAAUUCCGCUACUUUCCAGUGGUACAGUCGCAUGGCCACCAUUUUCGAGGAACACCGGCAGAUAGUGGAACAGAAAACAAUCGAAUAUCAAGAAGCACUCAAGAUGCGAAUUAAAAAAUUUGAGGAAGAUUUGCAGCAGUGUGACAAAAGGCUGGAGGAAUUGAAGACCUAUGGAGAUAUUGAAGAUCUGCCCAGGUAUUUGAAGAAGUCUCUACAUCUGGACUCCCACAUUCAAGGAGCACUGCAGAAGAUACGGCAGUUCAACUCUGAAGAGAGAGCGUUCAAGUGGGAGCAGUCCAGCUAUCCUUUGAGGGACAUGCUGGCGGACAAGCUGGCCCCCUACAAGAGGCUGUACGAGAGCGGCGCGGACUUCCUGAGCAAGCACGACACGUGGAUGUCCGGCCAGGUGGGCUUCCACGACCCGGGCGACAUCGAGGCUGCCGUGGGGGAGCUGCACCAGACGAUCUGCGACCUGGAGCGGGGCCUAGAGCAGUUCCCCGCGGUCAAGCAGCUCAGCGGCAAGAUACGAAUGAAAAUAGAAGAAUUCAAAGAGCACUUGCCGAUCGUCAAGACGCUGGGCAAUCCCGGCAUGAAGGAGCGACACUGGGAGAAGGUGUCAGAAAUUGUCGGUUUCCCUAUCAAACCUGGUCCAGACCUCACACUAGCCAAGGUGAUAGACUUCGGGCUGGACGAGUUCAUCACCCGCUUCGAGGCGAUCAGCGACGCGGCCAGCAAGGAGGACGGCCUGGAGAAGGCGCUGGCGGCCAUGCGGGCGGAGUGGGCGUCCGUGGGGUUCCAGGCGCGCGAGUACCGCGACUCGGGCACGCACGUGGUGGCGGCCGUGGACGACAUCCAGAGCCUGCUCGACGACCACGUGGUCAGCACGCACACCAUGAAGAGCUCCCCGCACAUCAAGCCCUUCCAGAACGACAUAGUGGUGUGGGAGGGCAAGCUGCAGCUCCUGCAGGAGAUCCUGGACGCGUGGCUGAACGUGCAGCGCACCUGGCUGAGCCUCGAGCCGGUGUUCUCCUCCCCGGACAUACAGCAGCAGAUGCCGGAGGAGGGGCGCAGGUUCAGCGCCGUCGACAAGAUCUGGAGAGAUAUCAUGAAGUCGGUGGUGGUGGACACGCGCGUGCUCUCUGUGGUCGAAAUCGACAAGAUGCUGGAGAGGCUGAAGAAAUGCAACAGUCUGCUGGAAGUUAUCCAGCGGGGGCUCAAUGACUACCUGGAGAGGAAACGUGCCUUCUUCCCUCGUUUCUUCUUCUUGUCUAACGAUCAGCUGCUGGAAACACUCUCGCAGACAAAGGACCCUACCAAGGUGCAGCCGAGACUGUGCUUCGAGGGCGUCGCUGAGCUGAGCUUCUCGGAGGACCUGGAGGUGGUGGGGAUGAGGUCGGGCGCCGGGGAGGAGGUGCCCCUGGUGAACGUCAUCUGCACGGCGUCUGCCCGGGGCCAGGUGGAGAAGUGGCUGCUGGAACUGGAGGAUGACAUGAAGAGGAGUGUGGCCAAGGUGACAGAGAGGACCGUGGAGGCAUUCCUCAGCGAGGGCAGAGCGGAGUGGGCGCUGGCGUGGCCACAGCAGGCGGUGCUGUGCGCGCUCAUGGUGACCUGGACGGCCGAGGUCUCCCGAGCCCUGAGCGAUGGAGCAGCUGCCACGAGCGCCUGCCUGGCAGCCGCCACGGCCCGGCUCGCCGGCACGGUGCAGAUCCUGUGCUCAUCUCUCCCCGCGCGGGACAGGGCGACGCUCGGAUCUCUAGUAGUUCUGGAGGCGCAUACCAGGGAGGUGUUGUCUAGACUCGUGGAAAAUGUGGUGCAGAGAGAUGAUGACUUCCAGUGGAAACGUGAGCUGCGCUACUAUUUCGAGGAUGGUAAAGUUACUGUGCGCAUGGCGACCUGCACUUUGAAGUAUGGGUACGAAUACCUAGGAAACCACUCCCGUUUGGUCAUGACGAGCCUCACUGAUCGCUGUUACCUGACUUUAUUUGGUGCAUUGCAUCAUCUAUAUGGAGUGUCAUUGGAAGGUCCAGCUGGAACGGGUAAAACAGAAACUAUCAAGGACGUUGCCAAGGCUGUAGCUAAACAGUGUAUAACUGUAAAUUGUUCUGCUGCCUUGGACUAUGUUGCACUCACCAAAUUUUUCAAGGGCGUUGCCUCGUGCGGGGCUUGGAUUUGCUUCGACGACAUCAAUCGAGUGGAGCCGGAAGUGCUGUCUUUGGUGGCUCACCACAUGCUGUUGGUGCAGAGAGCGGUAAGGGCCCAGGUGGCGACGGUGGUGACCGCAGGCGUGGAAGUCACUCUGAACCCUUCGUGCGCAGUGUUUACUACCAUGAACCCCGACUACAGUGGUCGCUUUCGACUGCCAGAGAACCUGAAGGCCUUAUUUCGACCAGUGGCCAUGAUGGUGCCCGAUUUCGUCACCAUAUCAGAAAUAGUGCUCAUGUCUUACGGGCUCAACGACGUGCAUAACUUGGCUCUGAAACUCGUAACAACAUUCAGAUUGUGCGCAGAGCUUCUUUCUGCGCAACAUCACUAUGACAAUGGUUUAAGACCAAUCACAACAGUUCUUUCUGCUUUCGGACUUCAUAAAGCUUGCGAAAAUGGCUCUGGGAUGGCAGAUGAUGUCCUAAUGCUUCAAGCUAUUAAUGAUGUGUGCCUUUCCAAGUUUGUUGGAGAGGACUUGAUGCUUUUUAAGUCGCUUCUGUCCGACGUGUUCCCGGGCGCGGAGACGCCGCCGCGCGACCGCUCCGCGCUGGGGGCGGCCGUGGAGGAGGCGUGCCGGGAGCACAACCUGCAGUGCACGGCGCCGUUCCUCGAGGCGGUGGAGCGGCUGCGCCAGCAGCUGGGCGUGCGGCAGGGCGUCGUGGUCGUGGGCCAGCCGUUCACCGGGAAGACGUCCGCGUACCGGGUGCUGGCGACGGCCCUCGGCCUCCUGGAGGACCGGGGUGUGGAAGGGGAGCAUCAUGUGCAGAUAACUGUGAUCAAUGCAAAGUCUCUCACGUUGAGCCAGCUGUAUGGUCAGUUUGAUCCCGUAACGCACGAGUGGUCAGAUGGUGUCAUUGGUACCAGUCUCAGGCAGUUCGCCUCAUCUACAUCUCUUGAUAGGAAAUGGCUUGUGUUUGAUGGUCCUGUGGACUCGAUGUGGAUUGAGAAUCUCAACACUGUCUUGGACGACAACAGAAGGCUGUCCCUCAUGUCUGGAGAAGUGAUACCUCUCAGGAAAAUCACUAACCUUAUCUUCGAGACCACGGAUGUGAGCUCUGUCACUCCUGCCACGGUGUCACGCUGCGUGUUCGUGCACCUGGCCGAGGCGACGCUGGGCUGGGAGCCGCUCCUCCACUCCUGGCUGGCCAGCCUGCCCGCGACGGUGGGCGACGCCAACAGGGACCUUAUCCGCCACAUGUUCCUGCGCUUCUGCCCGCCGCUGCUGUUCUUCGUCAGGCACGGCGGGGUGCAGGAGCUGUCUCAGACAUUGGACGCCAACUUGGUUCAGAGCACGAUGAACCUCCUGGAUUGCUUCUUAGAUGAUUUCCAGAAUCCUGAUUUUGCUGGACAAAUAUCGGAGCUGGAUAUGAGGGCUCAGCUAGAGGGCUGUUUCUUCUUCUCAUGCAUCUGGUCCAUUGGGGGUUCCUUGGACUCAUCAGGCCGCGAGAAAUUCAACGUCCUGUUUCGUGCUCUUUUGAAGAAGGAGUUCGACCCCAUAGUGAAGAGAAACUUCCAGUUGCCUUUUGAUGUCACUCCACCACUCAAAUCCUACAUAUGCUCCAUCCCUGAGGGUUCCAGCGUCUACGAAUACCGCUUCACCAAAAAGGGCCGGGGCCAGUGGAGGCCGUGGACGGACGAGGUGGCCGCCGCCCCCCCGAUACCGCGGGACGUGCCGGUGAACCAGAUAACCGUGCCGACGGUGGAGACGGUGCGCAACACCGAGCUCCUCCGCUUGCUGAUCACGCACCACAAGCCGGUCCUGGUCACCGGCCCCACGGGCACCGGCAAGUCGACCUACAUCACGGCGGUGUUGGAGAAGUUGGACAAAGAACUCUUCACUCCUCUUUCUGUCAGUUUCUCUGCUCGGACUUCUGCUGGACGGACACAGAGCAUCAUUAUGGGCAAACUAGACAGGAGGCGCAAGGGCGUCUACGGCCCGCCGCUCGGCAAGCGGUGCGUGGUGUUCGUGGACGACGUGAGCGCUCCGCUGCCGGAGGAGGGGGGCGGAGCCCGGCCCGCCGUGGAGCUGCUGCGGCAGCUGCUGGACCACUGGCGGUGGUACGGCCUCCGCGACACCGCCCCCGUCAGGAUCAUCGACGUGCAGCUGGUGUGUGCAAAAGGCGUGGCUUCUGGAGGUGGCAGCACUUUCACAAGAUUUCUUAGACACUUCAACUCUCUCUGCAUCAACGAGUUCAGCGAUGAAAUACUGUCUGGCAUAUUCAGCAAAAUUAUGCUAUGGCAUCUAGAUACGAGAGGCUUCAGCAAGGAAUUCGAUCCUUGCAUCAAAGAGCUGGUGUCGGCGUCGCUGGACAUCCACAGGAAGUGCUUGUCCCACCUCGUGGCCACCCCCGCCAAGUGCCACUACUUGUUCAGCCUGAGAGACAUCUCUCGCGUCGUGCAGGGGGUCCUGCUGUCCGUGCCCGAGGCCAUGGAGGACCUGCAGUCCAUGAAGCGGCUGUGGGCGCACGAGGUGCUCAGGGUGUACCUGGACCGCCUGGCGGACGCCGACGACCGGCAGUGGCUGGUCGAGGUGCUGCGCGACGUCUGCGGCACGAGGCUGCACGAGCAAGCGCCCGACCUGUUCUCCAGGAUCGCCUCCGGCUCCCGGCAGGUGGAGAUCACGAAGACGUACGGCAUGACGGAGUGGUGGGAGGACAUGAAGAGCGUGAUGCGGAAAGCGAGUGCGUCGGAGCAGCACGCAGUGUUCCUGAUCACAGACUCGCAGAUCAAAGACGAGACCUUCUUAGAAGACGUCAACAACUUGCUGAACAUGGGAGAAGUGCCAAAUUUGUUUACAUCUGAUGAGAAGGCAGAAAUACGUGAAAAGAUGAAAUUGGUGGAUCAGCAAAAAGACAAGGCUUUGCAGACGGACGGGAGCGACGCGGCGUUGUUCAACCUGUUCCUGAGCAUCGUGAGGCAGCAGCUGCACGUGGUGGUGAGCGUGAGUCCGGCGGGAGACGACUUCCGGGCCCGGAUCAGGAAGUUCCCGUCCCUCGUCAGCUGCUGCACCAUCAACUGGUUCCAAGAAUGGCCGCCGGACGCCCUGCUGGAAGCAGCGAGUUACCUGCUGUCGGACGUGGUAGUCGAGAAGGAGGCGUGCAUUCAGGCCUGCCAGCAGUUCCACGUCUCCGCCCGGAAGCUCUCCGCGGAGCUGCGCCGGAGCACCGGCCGGCGCAACUUCGUGACGCCCAUGUCUUACCUCGACCUCGUCCUCAUCUUCAAGGACCUGCUCGAGAAGAAGAGAAGCGAGGUGCAGGAGGCGAGGGCACGGCGCGCCGCGGCCGUGGGCAAGCUGGGGCGCGCGGCGGGCGAGGUGGCAGCCAUGCAGGCCAAGCUGGUUGAGCUGCAGCCCGAGCUGCAGGCGGCGGCCAAGAGCGUCCAGAGCAUGACCGCCCUCGUCGAGAAGGAGUCCUCGGCCGUCGGCGAGGUGGAGAAGAUGGUGAAGGCGCAGGAGAUGGCGACCUCGAAGAAGGCGGCGGCAGCGCGGGUGAUGAGGGACGAGUGCGAGGCCCACCUGGCGGCCGUCGUGCCGGCGCUGGAGGAGGCCACCGCGAGCCUGAGCUCCGUGUCCGGCCAGGACGUGGCCAGCAUCCGGGCCAUGAAGGCCCCUCCCAAAGGAAUCAAAGUGCUCAUGGAAAUAAUAUGCAUCCUUAAGGAUGUGAAGCCAGAUCGUCCAGACGACGACUACACGGGGCCCUCGAAACGCCUGCUGGGCGACAAGAAGUUUGUGGACAACUUGCUGCUCUACGACAAGGAAAACAUCCCUGACAGCACGUCCGUGCAGCUGGAGGGUAGGAUACCUUCCGACGAGAGUUUCGAGGCCGAGGUCGGCCAGCUGCAGGCGUUGUCGCCGGCUGCUGAAGUGCUGUUCAGGUGGGCGGUGGCGGUGUGCAAGUACGACCGGGUGCUGAAGGCGGACGCGGCCAAGCGGGGGCAGCUGGGGGCGCUGGAGGCGGAGCUGGCGGCGGCGGCGGAGGGGGCGGAGGCCCAGCGCGGUGAGCUGCAGGCAGUGCAGGACAAGCUGCGAGCCCUGGAGGAGGACCUGGAGGGCGGGCGGCAGCGCCACGCGGGGCUCACGGCCGAGCUCGAGCUGUGCCAGAAGAAGCUGCAGCGCGCCGAGGAGCUGGCCGGCUGCCUGGGCGGCGAGCGGGAGCGCUGGACCGCGGCCGUGGAGCGGCUGGAGGAGAGGGGCUCCACGCUCGCAGGGGAUGUACUGUUGUCAUCUGCUGUAGUGGCGUACCUCGGGCCAUUUACGCCCACGCUUCGAAACCAACAGCUAACGGAAUGGCUACAUUAUCUAGCUGAACUUAAUCUAUCGUGCUCCCAGAACUUCAGUCUGGCUAAUGUUUUGGGUGAUCCACUGCUCAUCCAAGAAUGGAUCAUAGAUGGCUUGCCACCUGACACGUUUUCAAUUGAAAAUGCCAUAAUAAUGAGCAACAGCCGACGAUUUAAUUUGGUGAUCGACUGUCAGGGACAGGCAAGCAAGUGGAUAAGGAACUUGGAGAAGAACAAUAACCUGAACAUUGUUCGUUUUCAGCAGACAGACUACACUCGUUUGCUGGAGAAUGCACUGCAGCUAGGACAACCGGUUCUUAUGGAGAACAUCGGAGAAGAACUGGAUUCAUUGCUUGAUCCAGUGUUGAUGAAACAGACGUUUCGACAAGGCAGCGCUGUAUGCAUUAAGGUCGGCGAAUCCGUCAUUGAAUACAACACUGAUUUUAGGCUGUACCUGACGACGAAGCUGCGCAGCCCGCGCCACUCCGCGGAGGUGGCGGUCCGGGCGGCGAUCGUGCUGUUCGCCGGCGACGGGCCGGGCCUGGCCGAGCAGCUGGUCGCGGUGGCCGUGCUGAACGAGCGGCCAGACGUAGAGACCGAGAAGCGGCAGCUGGUGGCGCAGAGGAUCGACAACAAGAGACAGUUGAAAGAUGCUGAGGACAAGAUUUUGCAAGUGCUAUCCUCGCACGAUGGGGACAUUCUAGAAGAUGAAGUAGCUGUUCAGGUCGUAGUCUCCUGCAAAACGCUGUCCACUGAGGUGGCCGAGAAGGAGGAAGCCUCUGAGGAGGUCGAGAAGAGCAUUGACGAAACUCGCGACGAGUACAGGCCGAUGGCCGAACACGCCGUUGUUCUGUUUUCCACCGUCGGUGACCUGGCUACCAUAAACCCAAUGUACCAGUAUUCGCUCACGUGGUUCAUCAGCUUGUUCAAGGCAGCUUUUGACAAUACUGAGAAAGUGGAUGACUUGCAACAAAGACUCGCAGAUGUGGGGAAGCAUUUCAGCUACUCCCUAUAUGCGUUCAUCUCCAGGAGCAUAUUUGAGCAGGACAAGCUUAUUUUUUCUGUACUGCUGGCAGUAAACACUCUGAUGAAUAGUGGACUCAUUGAAAACUCUGAAUGGAUUUUCUUUCUCACCGGAGGUGAUGAAGGAUCUAAUUACGACUCCAAGCUCGACUGGCUGCCUAGUUCUUCUUGGUCUGAGCUUUGCCGGCUGAACAACUUGCAGCACUUCAAGGGCCUGCUGGAGCACCUCGAAGCCAACGGCGAGCAGUGGAAGGCUGUGUACGACAGCGCUGGCCCUCACGCCUGCAGUCUCCCCGAGCCGUGGGACGCCGCCCUCUCUCACUUCCGGAGGAUGUUGGUGCUGCGCUGCCUGCGACCAGACGCGAUCAUCCCCGGCCUGCGGUGCUUCGUCGCAGCGGAGCUGGGCCCUCGUUUUGCCGCGUCACCGCCCGCGGACCUGGCGGCGUGCGUGGGGGACUACGACAGCUGCACCCCGCUGAUGCUCGUGCUGCCCCCCUGCACGGCCGCCGACCCCACCGCGUCCAUUCUCAAGCUGGCGGAGGACCAGGGCGUGUCGCCGAGCAAGCUGCAGUCGCUGUCCCUGGGACAAGGGCAGGGACCCUCGGCCCUGAAGAUGAUCCAGGACUGCAGUAAGAGCGGCAGCUGGCUCGUGCUGCACAACUGCCACCUCGCCGCCGGCUUCAUGCCCUCCUUGGAGAAGGCAUGCGACGGCUUCACCGCCCAGACCACGCACCCGGACUUCCGCCUGUGGCUCGUCACCCAGUGCACGGACUCCAUCCCCGUCACGCUGCUCCACGCCGCGGUCAAGAUCGCCAGCGAGCAGCCCUGGGCCGUGCGUGACGUCGUCAGGUCGGCAACCGAGAGCGCCGCGGCAGACCCGGAGCUGCUGGAGAGCAGCCGGCACCCGCGGGAGUUCAGGAAGCUGCUGUGCGGCGUGUGCUUGCUCCACGCCGCGGCCCAGGAGAGGCUGCAGUUCGGAUCUGUUGGCUGGAACGUCCCGUACCGUUUCACCGAGAGCGACCUCCGCGUCAGCGCUCUCCAGAUCCAUGCCCUCCUGGAGGAAUGUCAGGAAGUCCCCCUGGAAGCAGUGCGUCUCCUGGCCGGGGCGUGUACCUACGGAGGUCGUGUAACUGACGAGUGGGACCACCGCGUGUUGGCAACAAUGCUGGAAAAUACUUUUCAGGAGCAGAUCCUACAGCAGGAGAACCCUUUCUUUGUGGAUGCUUCAGGUGCUAACCAGGUGGACAGCAAGCAGAUUGUGGAGCAGGAGAUUAUGGGCCAUGCUCAGGGAACACCUUCUCUGGCGGCCAUAGGCUUGCACGACAAUGCCGCUCUCAGGCGGAGCUUUCAGCAGACAAGCACGUUACUAUCAACGCUCCUCCUCAAUCAGAGUGGCGCGGCGGGGGAAGACGAGGUGUGCCGGGACGAGAGGGUGCUGAACACGACCACGGAGCUGCUGGACCAGCUGGCUGGCUGCCCCGACCUCUCCACGGGGGUCGUCCGGGACCCGGGGCCCGUCGAGGCUGUGCUGCUGCAGGAGGCCCGGUGCUACAGCCGGCUGCUGGACGUCAUCCGCUCCUCGCUCGCGCGGCUGUGCCGGGCCCUCAGAGGUCAUAUAGUCAUGUCAACGGAACUGGAGGACAUGCUGAAGAGCGUUGCUGAAGGCACGGUUCCUCAGAUGUGGUUGACCCGGUGCUACCCCACCACGAAGCACCUCGCAAGUUUCCUCUGCGACUUGCAGGAGCGUCUUCGGUUUGUGAAGGCAUGGCUGACCAGUGGGCUCCCGGUAAAGUUCUGGUUGCCGGGUUUAUAUCGACCUCAAGCCUUCUUGACGGCACUGCUACAGAAUUAUGCUCGUUUGAAUUGUGUUCCGAUCCACCAAUUAUCUUUUGAAUUUGAGGUGAUGAAAGAUGCUGAAGUCAUCUCGAGGCCGGAACAGGGAGCAUAUAUCUGUGGCUUCUUCCUGGAAGGGUGUCGCUGGAAUUCUGACAGUUCUUUCCUGGACGAGCCUCUCCCAAGACAGCUCUACUCGACAGCACCUAUGGUGUGGUUGAAGCCGGCCCUUUCGGCGAGCAAGGGGGACGACGGCGUGUACACCUGCCCCGUGUACCGGACUGCCGAGAGGCGGGGGUUAGUGUCCACCUCCGGACACUCCAGCAACUUCCUCCUGGCCAUCGACCUGCCCAGCGACAGGCCCCCGGGGCACUGGGUGCUGCGAGGGGCCGCCAUGCUGUGCCAGCCGCCCCCUUAGGGCGUUCCUGCGACAGCCACGUGGGCCGGAUGCUGUGCGAUUCAUGUUCCCAAACAAAUCCCUCUGUGGGAGAAUCUCGUAGAACCUAAAUCUUACCUCAGAUCUCAGGACAUCGUCGUAGGCCUAUGGAACUUUUUGCAUUAACUCGACAAAUACUUUCUUCAAAUAAAACUUUAUGUUAAUACUCUUUACUGCUGGAGUCCGAAAUAGGUACUUGAUGGUUUUUUUUUUUUCAAUCAUAUGGUCACCUUCAUUUUACUUGGCUGCAACUUCACUGCUAGAACUUAUGGUCUUUGUUCAUAGAUCUCUCCAACUUUUUAAAGCCCUGAUAGGGAAAUUUUCAACACCACCAGAGUUUGCGGAACUGUUUGCAUUCUGUAGAUAACCUUCAUGUAGAGAUUCAUUGAAAGGAAACUCUUCUCAUAUCUCUAAAAGAAUUGGUGAGACAUUUUGGAUAGAUGUGACCUCUUUAGAAUUCUACUUCAUCUUUAGAAUUUUAUAUAUUUGCAAAAGGAUUUAUAGAGACUUUAAAUGUAAGUAGAAAGGAAGAUUCAUUGAAAGGAAACUCUUCUCAUAUCUCUAAAAGAAUUGGUGAGACAUUUUGGAUAGAUGUGACAUCUUUAGAAUACUUCACCUUUAGAAUUUUAUAUAUUUGCAAAAGGAUUUAUAGAGACUUUAAGCACAAGUAGAAAGGAAAACUUUUUCAGAUUUCCCAAAUACUAGUUUCCUGGGUCUGGCUAACCAUAUGAGGAUCCAUACUUGAAUUGUUUGCUUCUGGUGUAUGGGAUGGUAUUGAAUAAUCCUUUGCUCUUUGUGGAUUAAAUAUUUUUAGUCUAAACUAAAUGUAUUUUGAUUUUUUUUUAUCUAUUGGGUAAAAAUGUAGUAGUAAAAUUAUUAAGUGGAGUGUACUUUUUAAAACAAAACUUUCUUGGUGAAACGUUCAUUAUUAUUAAUUGUUGACUUUAGGAUAUUUGAGGAAUUAUGGAAUAAAUAAAAGAAUGUGUCAGUGUAAUAACAUACAUAUUUAUUUCAGCAACAGCUUAAAGAUAUCAGGUACAGGCAUCAGUCUCCAUAUACUCUCAAAAUAGUGAAGUACUUGUAUGUGUAAAAUAAAUACAUAACACUCCA